AUGGCGUGGCGCGUCUCCCCCGCGUGUGCUUCGCCGAGGCGAAAAACUACAAGAGAAACUUCGCAGUUCUUUUUAGUUAAUAUAGUUACGAGGCUCUCUGCAAAGGAGAGAUGCAGCAGGCUGAUCCAGGUGGCCGAGCAGGGGGCAGUGGGGGAGCUGAGGGCGCUGCUCGCCGAGGGGGCCGACGUGGAGGCGAGGGGCGGUGUGUGGGGGUGGACUGCCCUGCACUGUGCAGCACACAGGGGAGACGUCGAGGUGGCGUGGCUGCUGGUGGAGGCGGGGGCGGGGGUGGACGCCAGAGACAGCUGGUGGCAGAGGACGCCUCUGCACGUGGCUGCAAUGUGGGGCGGCACUGCUGUGGCGAGGCUGCUUCUGAGGGCGACUGCCGAUCCCAACGCCAGGGAUGGCAGAGGGUGGACGCCGCUGCACUGGGCGGCAGCCAAUGGCCAUGCAGAAGUAGCGGCUGUGCUGCUCGAGGCGGGAGCUGACAAGGGGGCCACAGCUAGUGAUGGUCGGACUGCACUGGACCUCGCCAGUGAUGAAAACGAGAGGAGGCUGAUGGAGUUGCUGUCAUGA